AUGGGUGUGUACUCAGACAAGGAUCUCUUUCCUCUAAACCUGGCAGCAGGUAUAAGUUCGCAUCUUGCUAAGCGACACGUAAAGCGGUUUGCUGAAAAAGUCUGGAACCCACACGUCAUCGGACACGAAACUAGGAAAAAAAAAAAGAAAGCAAAAAAAAGAGCAAAAGUUCACGCGUCAGUCACGUGCCGCAAAAAGCGCCCUGGGCCCCGCCCCGAGCGGUUGCCCCGCCCGAGCCACCACGUAACACACACCCCCCCACGUCCCCUUAACGGCAUUUUUCCCCGAACGGGCAAAAACGACGGCCCGUUACCAGAACAGGAAGCAAAAGUUCAUUCCGGUUCCACCGCCGCCGGAGAGACUGGCGUAGCCCCGUCGGGUAAGCGCCGCCCGUCCGCGCCAGGGCGUCUAGACCCAGGCCCAGAAAACGGGAAAAAGAAACAAAAACAGGAAAAAGAAAAGAAAAGAGCAACGUGGAAUGAACGCCCUUGCCCCACAACGACAGGCACGGUGCAGCGCCCCGCACAGAAACACCCGCAGGACCCCCACCGCCCGGUUCCAGAACGCCGAGGCCCACUUACUUUUCCCUUUUGGGAUACGCCCGUUCCAGAUUCAGAUCGCAACUCUGGCGGCGGCGGCGGCUGUUCCCCGGCGGCGGGCGUCGCAGAGACGUUUCAGCCGACGGCGACGGUGGGCGGUGGGCGCCGCUGGGGUACAGUAUAUAAGUGCAACAUGUUCAAGCAUCUGCCGUUAGCAAUUCCCCUCUCUCUCUCUCUCUUUCUCUAUACACAAGAGAAGUAA